GACUCUGCCUCACCAACGAUAUCGACACGCUGCUUUAUCACAUGAACAAUGCUCGCUACCUUCGGGAGGUGGACUUCGCCCGGGUGGACUUUUACGAGCGUACGCUCCUCUACCGGACGAUCCGCAGCAAGGGAGGUUCCGUCGUCCAAGGAGCAACGACCAUUCGCUAUCGGAGAUUCAUUCGCCCCUUUACGCGGUUCAAAAUCAGUUCCAGGAUUGUUUAUUGGGAUAAUCAAUCAAUUUUUAUGGAGCAUCGAUUCAUCGGAGCAGGCGACGGGUUCAUCCAUUGCAUAGCGCUUUGUCGCCAGCGGGUCAUCGAAUGCUCUGCGGAGGAUGUCAUGGCGACACUGCUAAAAGGCAAUGCUACCGCGACCAGUUCGACGGAGUGCUUGGAUCGGUUGGAAAAUGGCGGUGGGGCAAUCAUAGUAGGCAACGGGGGCAGUGAGUACGUUAGUAGCAGCAAGUUGAAACCGGACAUGCCGCCGGAAGUUGCCAAAUGGUUGGAGUGGAACGAAAUUUCUAGCGCCAACCUGCGGAAUGAAUGCUGAGUUUUUGGGCCGGAGUGGCUAUUGUUAGAUGGUGACAUUUUCCUAAAAGGAAUUGUGGAUGUUUAUGUCUUGACGCUUUCCUUAGGAAAGCAACGCUUAUAGAACAAGGUGGAUUCUAAAACCUUUCUCAUUGUUAACUUCUGUUGGAAUAAAUCCUUCAAAUUUUAACUCUA